GGUGGCUAAAGCUACGUGUCCUUGUCCCCCGUGGGCAGCCUCUGCGCGUACGGCUUCGGAUCCUCAGUUGGAAAGGCCUCACCUAGCCACCACCUCCUGGGAAAACCAGCCUGGAGCUAUGAAGACCAAGAACCGGCCCCCUCGGCGCCGGACACCCAUGCAGGACGCAGAAGCCACUCUAGGCGAGCAGAUGCCUGACAGACCCCAGUCAGGAUCAGGGGGGUCAGAGCUGACAAAGGGUCUUCGGAGCAGGACAGCCCGGGCAAGUGGAGCUCGGGGAGAGAUCAGCCGCCGGAGACAGGGGUCCAGAGGCCGCAGAGAGAACAGUGUGCAGAGGCGGUUGGAGAGCAAUGAGCGGGAGAGACAACGGAUGCACAAACUCAACAAUGCCUUCCAGGCACUUCGAGAGGUUAUCCCGCAUGUGAGGGCUGACAAGAAGCUUUCGAAGAUCGAGACCCUCACACUGGCCAAGAACUAUAUCAAGUCACUGACCGCCACCAUACUUACUAUGUCCAGCAGCCGCCUCCCAGGGCUGGAGGCCCCUGGUCCUGCACCAGGCCCUAAACUAUACCAGCACUACCAUCACCAGCAACAGCAGCAGCAGCAGCAGCAGCAGGUGGCUGGAGCCAUGCUUGGUGUCACCGAGGACCAGCCCCAAGGCCAUCUGCAACGCUACUCUACACAGAUCCACAGCUUCAGAGAGGGGAGCUAGCGCGUGCUUUGGGCUCCUGAGUGGGUUGGCAGUGCCAACCUGGCCUGCUCAUCUCAACUCUGGCCCCUCUGUGACACAAGCCCCAGACUGGUAAUGGCACCAUUGAGGUCCUUGAGGGGAUUCUGUUGUUGAUGAAAGCUCUCGUGUGGCCUAAGCUGGCUUUGAACUCCUGAUCCUCCUGAGCUCCAUCUUCUCUAGGGCUGGGAUUACAGGUGUACGUCAUGACAUGGUGCCAUGCUGGGGACUGAGCUAAGGGCUGUGUGUAGGCUAAGCAAGCUCUCUGCCAACCGAGCUGCAUCCCCAGCCCAACGUUGACUCUAGUUACUCCAUUUUCCUUGAAAGCCAGCUCAGACACCAACAUGUGGCAGUUUCUCCUAGCCACCCAGGGGACCAGAGCGUGAUCUGGUCCUAGCCACCCAGGGGACCAGGGAGUUAUCUGGGCCUUCAAGGCAUAUUGAGGCCCCAGUCUCCAGGCAAAGCUUACCUGUCCUUGCUGCCCUUUGACCAAGGAUGGGCAGGGUGGGAGGGGAGUUCUUGCCUUCCUUACAACUCAUGUGUGGUGGCUACGGGAUGACUCCAGCAAAAACUUGACUUACAAAUGUCCCUGCGACUGCUGAGCCUAAGGUCCAUCCCAUUUUGUGGGGCUAUGGGAAACUGGACCCAAAGUGCCACUCAAUCCCUCAGAGAAUAUACAGCAGAGC